AUGCCACCAAGCACCCCUGGGAAGUGCCCCGACGAAUCUUUUCGAAAACACCUCUUUGAGCAAGACGGUUUAAGCCCUGCCGUGGAACACGAUGUUGAUAUUAAUACGUAUGAUUGGGCACCGGUUGCACGUAGUGUAUACACUGCUGGAAGUGAAGUAGUGGUCACUCCCUCAGGUGGGCUCCCAGUAGUCGUAUGGAUUCACGGAGGAGGGUAUAUUUCGGGAGCUGCGAAUUUAUACAAUGGCGCAGAGCUAAUCAUGAAAUCGAAACACGGAGUUAUCACUGUCGUGCUCCAGUACCGCCUCGGUUUAUUCGGUUUUCUUGCUGGAGAAGUGGUUAAAGACGGGGGUUGGGUCCAGGCCUACAUAAGUAACUUCGGUGGAGACCCAACGAGAGUCACGAUUUGGGGUCAAUCUGCUGGCGCUGGUUCUGUGCUACAGCACAUUUUCGCUCAUGGAGGAAACACGCAGCCUCCUCUCUUCAAAGCUGCUAUGACAAGUUCCACGUACUUGCCUUCACAAUACAACUACAACGAUCGAAUUCCGGAGAUGCUGUAUAAUAUGGUCGUGAACGGGACGAACUGUAGUUCGAGUUCGGAUACCCUAUCUUGCUUGCGCGCUGCAGACGUCAAUACGUUGCAAACCUUAAAUCAUAACAUCAAUCUCAACGGAUUCUUUGGCACAGCCACGUUCAGCCUGCGUAGAUUUGCAUGA